UCUUACAAUACAAACCCUAGAAACGGCCGAACAGAAACAGAGGGAGACGCCUUCAAAGGAGGAAAGAAAGGGUUUUACAGUCGCAGAAGCAGAAGCAGAAGCAGAAGCAGAAGCGGAAGCAGAGGGCUCCGAAAAUGCCGAAGUCCAGGCGCGAUAAAGCAGUUACUCUGUCGAAGACGAAGAAGAAGGGGAAGGCACGCAAAGAAGCGAUAGUGACUGGGAUAAGGGAGGCCGCCGAGAAGUACGCUUCGGUUUACGUUUUCUCUUUCCAGAACAUGAGGAACCUCAAGUUCAAGGAGUUCAGAGAAAAGCUCAAAUCUUCAAGCAGAUUUUUCCUUGGGUCGAACAAAGUCAUGCAGGUUUCUCUUGGUCGGUCUGCUGCUGAUGAGAUUAUGCCUGGCAUUCACAAAGUCUCGAAGGUUCUACGUGGAGAUACUGGGCUUUGUUUUACCAAUUUGCCAAAAGAAGAGGUUGAAAGGAUAUUUAAUGCGUAUGAGGAAUAUGACUUUGCAAGGACAGGAAGCAUAGCAACAGAAAAGGUGGAGCUUAAGGAAGGUCCUCUAGAGCAAUUUACACAUGAGAUGGAGCCCUUACUGCGCAAGCAAGGGAUGCCUGUUCGUUUGAAUAAAGGUGUUGUGGAGCUUGUUUCAGACUUCGUUGUUUGUGAGGAGGGAAACCCUUUGUCACCCGAGUCAGCUCGCACACUGCGUUUGUUAGGGAUCAUGAUGGCUACCUUCCGGCUUGGGUUGAUCUGCAGAUGGAGCCCUGAGGAAUUUGAACUUUAUAUUGAAAGGCCAGACGAUUCUGAUGUUGAAUCUGCAUAAGCACUUGUUUAAAGUUCAAAACAGGUUUUGCAGAUUAUAUAAAGGAGAGAGAGAGCAGAUUUAUUAGUUGGAUGGGCGCACAAACCUGGUGUGGGCAGUCUUCUCUCAUUGUGGUAAAUGGUAAUGGAUGAUAACCUGUUUUCGCAAUGCCAGUGGAGUUGAAACAGUUUAUAAUUUUGUGGUGCAAUCUGAUCAAAUGCAUUUUUGGUAUCAAAGGACUUAAUUAUGUAUCCUAUUUCGUUAUAACGUAAUUUUUUGUUUUUUUUUUUGUUUUGUUCUCUUCCUUGUCAGCCACCGCUGAAAUCCGGAUGGAAUGAAUACCCUUUGUGCUAUAUAUGAAUUGGAAGAAAAUCUUACUUAGAAAUUACUUGCA